AAAGCUUGUUAUUUUAUGCUAGGCUAUGAAGUAUGUGAAAGGAUGGCAUACUAUGGAAUAGCAACAAACCUCGUGUUAUACUUAACACGGGAAUUAAAGGAGGGCACUGUGAAAUCGUCAAAUAGUGUCACGAACUGGGUUGGGACCGUGUGGAUAACGCCUAUAUUAGGUGCUUACAUCGCGGAUACUUAUCUUGGGCGAUAUUGGACCUUCAUGUUUGCUUCGGCUAUUUACCUUGUGGGAAUGUGCUUAUUGACCCUCGUAGUUACGUUGCCAUCCUUAAAACCACCAUCUUGUGGUAAAGACAUAAGUUACGCAGACUGCGAUAAACAAGCAUCAUCUUUCCAGAUUGGUAUCUUCUAUUGUGCUUUGUACAUUAUCGCUAUCGGAACUGGUGGAACCAAGCCCAACAUCUCAACAAUGGGUGCUGACCAGUUUGACGAUUUUGACCCAAAAGAACGAGCCCAGAAACUCACUUUCUUUAACUGGUGGAUGUUUAGUAUCUAUUUUGGUACCUUUUUCUCCAACACUUUUUUGGUUUACAUACAAGACAAUGUUGGAUGGGGACUUGGCUAUGGGAUUCCAACUGCAGGAUUGGUGGCAUCAAUGGUAGUUUUUAUACUCGGGAAACCAAUGUACCGCCAUAAACCACCAUCAGGAAGCCCGUUUACCAGGAUGGCAAAAGUACUAGUUGCUACAACACGAAAGUGGAACCGGGUUGUACCUGAUGACCCGAAAGAGCUUUAUGAAUUGAGCAUAGAUGAGUAUUCUGGCCCAGGAAAGUACAUGAUUGGCCAUACCACUUCAUUAAGAUUUCUUGACCGGGCUGCUGUGAGGACUGACGAACCCGUUUCAGAAUGGAAUGUGAGUCCAGUAACCCAAGUCGAACAAACAAAACAAAUGGUAAAAAUGCUUCCGAUCUUGUUAGCAACAUUCAUACCUAGUACAUUGAUUGCACAGACACACACACUCUUCAUCAAGCAAGGUGUGACAUUAGUUCGCUCAGUUGGGCCACAUUUCGACAUCCCACCAGCAUGUCUUUCAGUAUUUGUAACAAUCUUCCUCCUAAUAAGCAUUGUACUCUAUGAUCGCUUAUUUGUUCCCACAAUAAGAAAAUACACCAACAACCCAAGAGGCAUCACGUUACUACAACGAAUGGCAAUCGGGCUAGUUCUCCAUGUCGUUAUCAUGGUCAUUGCUAGCAUUGUAGAAAGAAAACGCCUUAACGUUGCUAGAGAUCAUGGGAUCUUCGAAAAGGACCAAACAGUCCCUCUUAGUAUUUUCAUCCUUCUCCCUCAGUUUGCAUUGAUGGGGGUCGCCGAUAGCUUCUUAGAAGUGGCAAAGCUUGAGUUUUUCUAUGAUCAAGCACCCGAAGGAAUGAAGAGUCUAGGGACGGCUUACUGGACGACUGGUAUAGGAAUCGGGUAUUUCCUUAGCAGUUUCAUUUUAUCGACUGUGGCUGACGUUACAAAGAAGAAUGGGCACAAAGGUUGGAUUCUAGACAACUUAAACGAGUCUCGGUUAGACUACUACUAUGCAUUUUAUGCGAUCUUGAGCUUUUUGAACUUGUUGUUCUUCCUUGUGGCCGCGAAAUACUUCGUCUACAACACUGAAGUGAAUGAGUCGGAAAACGAGUUGCAAGAAGAUAUUGUGAAGUAUACCGAACAAGGAUACAUUGCUAGCUGAUUUGAUUGACAUCAAAUG